AUGACGUCUCAGGACAUGCAGCCAACCCUGACUCACAACGACUACACCGUUGGCUGGCUCUGCGCGCUGUCCAAGGAGCAGACCGCGGCAACGGCCAUGCUUGAUUGCAGACACGGAGAUGUUCCCAACCCGACGAAGGACGGAAACACGUAUACACUCGGAUCAGUCGGCAAGCACAAUGUCGUUAUUGCCUGCCUGGGAAAAGGCAGAUACGGUACCAAUCCAGCGGCGACUAUGGCGACUUGGCUAAUUGGGACUUUUCCAUCGGUCAAGUUCGGACUCUUGGUUGGCAUCGGCGGUGGCAUCCCCCCAAAGGUCAGACUGGGCGACGUUGUUGUCAGUGUACCGGUAGCCCAGUAUCCGGGGGUCGUUCAGUGGGAUUUCGGCAAGGCUGAAGACGGUGGCCACUUCAAACGAAUCGGCGCGCUCAACAAUCCGCCAACUGCACUCCUUACGGCGUUGGGCAAAUUGGAGACGGAACACGAGAUGAAGGGAUCCAACAUACUAUACCACCUAAACGAGAUGGAGACCAGAUGGUCCAAUAUGGCGUCCAAGUAUGUCUGGUCGGAUUCCUUGGAGGAUCCCUUGAACGUGCCGACUAGCUUCGACCACGCCGAACGCAGAUGGUGGGCUAUACUUUUAUGGCUCUGGAAGGCUUUGCUGGAGACAGUCAUGCUUCCUUUUGGCAUCUUUGCACCCUCACGGGCGGACCGACAGUCUGAUAGAACUCCAAGCACUCCCUGUAAUCCUUCUGUUGGGGGAAAGCAGAACAAGCCACACGAACCGCACAUUCACCAUGGCCUUAUCGCAUCAGGCAAUCGAGUCAUUAAAGACGCCAACCUUCGUGACACUCUCAACGCAAAUCUGGAUGACCAUCUAUUGUGUAUCGAGAUGGAGGCAGCAGGGUUGAUGAACGAUUUUCCUUGCAUCGUCAUUCGAGGCAUUUGCGACUAUGCAGACUCCCAUAAGACCAAACUUUGGCAGGAAUAUGCGGCAGCCGUAGCAGCGGCGUUUGCAAAAGAGCUGCUCUUGGUGGUACCGGUACAGGAGGUGGAGGUUAUGGCCAACCUGAAAAGAGCCGAGGCACAAGUAGACGAAAUUCAUCAACACAUGAAAGCAUCUCUGCUGUGCAAAGAGCGCAAAGCUAUCAUGGACUGGCUCACUCCUGUCGACUAUACUCCUCAGCAGCGUGGCCUUUCCAGGAGCCGGCAAGCUGGAACCUGCCAAUGGUUCCUAGAAUCUCCAGAGUUCAAUAGGUGGUUGAAGCACAGCGGAGAAACAAUGUUCUGUGAAGGUUUCCCUGGAGUUGGGAAGACAUUCCUCACAUCCGCUGUGGUUGAUUACCUUCAGAAACUCCAUCCUCGAAGCCAAGAUAUCGGUGUCGCUUUCAUCUAUUGCGAUUUUGCGAAGCGGGACCAACAGAGGCCGGUCGACAUACUGGGCAGUUUAAUAAAGCAGUUGAUUCAACAACAUCGGGUUCCAGACAAGCUUCAGGACUUUUACGAGGAGAACAAAGAAACACCGGCUUCGUUGCACUCGUGCCACGAUAGAGAUGAUUUCCUGGAACUACUACAGCAAGUCAUCUUCAUCAAUUACGCUGGAGUCUUUCUCGUUAUUGAUGCAUUGGACGAAUCUCAUCAUGCCCCGGACCUGAUACAGACAAUUCUUGCGCUCCAGAAAAAAACAGGUGCAAACAUCUUUGCCACCUCUCGACCCGAGCAGGGCUUCAAGAAACAAUUUCCCAUUUCCCUCUCCCUAGAAAUACGGGCGAACGGCGAAGACGUGAGAAAAUACAUCAGGGAGCGCAUUGUGAGCUUCGACCUCUUCAGCGAUGCGAACCAAGAGUCGAGCGGUGAAAGAAAGAAGGAGCUCAAGGCCAAGAUUGAGGAGAGAAUUAUAGAAGCUGUGGACGGAAUCUUCCUCCUUGCAAGAUUCCACCUCGACUCUCUCGCGGAGAAGACAACUCUCAACCAUUUGUUCAACGAGCUGAGAGCACUCUGCAAAGGACCCCACGCAUACGAUCAUGCAUACGGAAAAACCAUCAAGAGAAUUCGAAACCAGGGUACAGACCGACGAGACCUUGCAAAGCGUGUCUUGUCACUUCUCACCUGUGCGAUGAGACCUUUGACGACUGAGCAACUUCGUCACGCUCUUGGCAUAGUUGUUGGAAGCUCAGUACUUGACGAGGAUGACUUCCCAAGCACCAACAUGAUUGUCUCCGUGUGUAGAGGCCUAGUGACAGUGGAAGAAAAAAGCGGUGUACUCCGGUUCCUACACUACACGACUUUGGAAUACAUGCAGACAAAUCUGGGCUGUUUAUCAUCUUUGGGGGACUCAAUGAGCUCCGAGGGCCCAACUAUCGCACCCGCAGAAAGUAAUUCCAGGACUAGGAUCGAAAUUCAUCGUUUUAUCGCCAUGAUCUGCAUCACAUACAUCUCAUUGAACGUCUUCGAUGCAGGACCCUGCGGUACGGACGACAAGUUCGAAGAGCGACUAGCUUCCUACUGUCUUUACCCAUACGCAUCAGAGUGCUGGGGCCAUCAUACUCGCGAAGCGUUGGCUUCAGAUCGAGGAAUUCUACGUUUCCUAGAGUCUGACGAGAAAGCCACAGCGGCAAGUCAGGCAAUGAUGGCCAUGAAGCAAUAUCAAGGCCGUCCAGGCUACAGCCAGAAGUAUCCGGGAGGAAUGACGGGAAUCCAUCUGGCAGCGUAUUUCGGUUUGGAAGACGCUGUGAGAAAAUUGAUCGAGAGGGGCCAUAAUCCUGACCUUAGAGAUGGUUACGGUCGGACACCGCUCAUACUCGCCGCCGACAAAGGACACGACGCCGUGGCCAAGGUACUGCUCGAAACCGGUAGAGUCGAUGUCAACCAUAGGGAUGAUGCCGGGCGAUUCUGGAACACAUGGUCUCAGCAGACGCUUGACUGGAUAUUCUCAUAUUACACAGGCCGUCGGCUCCUGGAACGUAUCGCACAGGGCAAUUACGAUGAAAUAGCCACCUUCCUGGCCAAAUGCGGAUAUGAUGGUAACCGUGUAAAUGAUCUUAUACGGAGCUUGGGGGAAACACAUGACAUACUCGGGAAGCUCGAGAAGAUAUACCAUUGGCAGCAUUCAUCCUCCGAUCUGAACUUGGAGAAUCGGGCAGCCAGAAAGUUCGACAGGCUAAUCGAUGGACAAAAUACGUCACAGAGGGGGUCCGACGAUGACGUAUGCGGCGCCACGGCUCUGUGGUACGCGGCUAGGAAGGGGCAUGAGGCAACGAUCCUCAAUAUCCUGACUGAACAAACCAUCGAACCGGAUCGAAAGGACCUCAUGUAUGGCUCUACACCACUAUGGAUCGCUUCAAGGAAUGGGCACGAACGGAUAGUCAAGCUGUUGCUCAAACAAAAGGGCGUAAGCCCCGAUUGCCCGGACAGUUGCGGCCGCCACACGCCUUUGUCUGCCGCCGCUUCGAAAGGCCACGAAUCAGUAGCAAGCUCCCUUCUUGCUAUAGACGGUGUGGAUUCUGAUUUUAUCGAUCAUCUCGGUAGGACGCCAUUAAUGAGAGCAGCUGCUCAUGGCCACACGGCGGUGGUGGAACAACUCCUCGCACGUGGCUGA